GUUUACAGAACAACCACAACACCAGUUUCUCGACAAAGAAGUAGUGAAAUCACGACAAAUAGUAAAAACAAAAGCAAGGUAAAUAUUCACAACAGAAUCAGCGUUCUCAAAUAGCAACAUCAAAAUGGAAGCAAGAGCGUUUACUGAACAUAGCCGAGAAGCAAAUGCUUCCGAUUAGCUGUUAAAGUGACAUUAUCGGCAAACAGAUGUGGAGAAAUGGCAAACAACACUGUUGUCAGCAAGAAGCAAUCUUUACAACAACUCCGACAGAACUCGAAACUCCUGCUCUCAGAACAAGAACAGCAAUACCUUUAUCAUGCUUUGAAAGAAUACAAGACUUACAAGUCGAUAGAAAAAUUGGUUAGAUCACUUUUAACUUGUCUAAACACAACAGGGAAGUUAAAGAUUUUGAAAGAUGUCAGAAGCUUGGUACUGCCCAACCAGUUGCCGAAAUAUGAUACACUGAUUCGUAAUGCUAUUGCAGCGAAGACUUUAACUCCCCAAAUUGAUAGACAGAAGAUAAACGGAAAGGUAUCUGCACAAGGGAAAUACCGCAUAGUUACCUUAUUAAAUGACAAAACAGAUCUUGGUUUUUAUAUUUGCGGCGGAAAAGACAGUGGUACAGGGGUAUUUGUAUCCAAAGUGGUGCAGCAUUCACCAGCAUGGAAUGCAGGAUUAUUGGAAAAUGAUCAUCUUGUUGAAGUCAAUGGAAUUUCACUGCAAAACAUCCCACUUCAGUCUGCAGCAGAUUUGCUAGCUUCCCUGAAUAAACUGAAAUUGGUAGUAAAAGAGGAAACAAGUGCAAUUUUACCUAGUUCUCUUGAAAUCAACCCUUGGGAAGCCAAAGACACUAGGAAGAUGAACACAUCAAAUGGAUCUGUCAAUCUCAAUCAUUUGAAAGACUUUUCACCUGCUGAACCAGGAUUUUCUUCAUUACAGUCUUCUAUAAGUGAGCCGACAGGAAGCAUUGCCAGCCAGACUCAAAAUGUCCCCACUCAGAGUGAUCAAGAGUCUGUGCAUUCUGUUCAAAUAAAAAAGGGUACAAGUAUGGCAAUUCUUGACAGUGAUGCCAAGGAAAGAAGAUUAAAUCUAAGAAUUGAGUCUAACAAAGAAGGAUUUAUAGGGUUCAACAUUAGAGGUGGCUUGGAAUAUGGACUGGGGAUCUAUGUGUCAAGAGUUGAUGAGGGCUCUAUUGCUGAAAAAUCUGGAAUCAAAGUUGGUGAUCAGAUCUUGGAUGCCAAUGGGAAGAGUUUUGAAAAUAUCCUUCAUGAAGAUGCUGUUGAAUUUUUCAAAUCAAACAAAGAUGUUCUUUUAACAGUAAAGGCUGUUGGAAAAAUACCUGCAGAAAAGUGUUUUAUUGAAGAAUACAGCUGGCUAGCACCUGAUGGGUCCAUCAUUACAGAAGAAAGAAGGACAGAUUAUAUGUCCAGCUCAAUGCCAUCGCCGAUGUUAAGGGACAACAUGAGGGACAUGCGUGACUUUGGUACUGAUCCUAUGAAAUUCCCUGCAAAUGAAACUAUAAACCUGCCUAUAGAGACACUAAGCGUAUCUGCAACAGCUGAAAUCGGAACUGAUCCUAUCUUUUUACAUUCAAAUGGCAGUGUCGGUAACAAAGAGAUGAACGCUAUGAAAUUCAGUGAGAUUAUAAUCACAAGCGAGGAAAAUUUGAAAGAUGAGCUCGAUCAUAGGAGGUCUCCAAGUGCUACGAGUCUAGUUUCUAAGAAAUCAACCGACAGUGGAAAAUCGGACCGACUCGCCAAAUCAUCAGUGCACAGUGGAGAAAUGUCCGACUCAGAUCGGUCCAAGGGAGAGGGUACGAGUCAUCUGAUGCCGAAUUCUAAGGCUAAGAGAUCGAAGUCUUUCCUUCAAAAGCAAGGAGACAAAAUAAAAGCAAAGUUUACAUUAAGGUCGAAGAAAAAAGCAGCGAAAAAGAAUAUAUUUGAUGACGAUCCAUUUCAAAAGACAAAGAGUGGUGCUCGUGAAUAUUUACAGGCAAUCGAGGAGAGAGCAAAAAGUGUAUUAAAUGUCAAUGACUAUAAAGAGCUAAUGAAGAGAAUAAAAGAUUACUUAGAAAAGGGUGAUAUUGAAUUGUUUAUGACUAACGUGCUGGAGAUUCUGGACACAACAGAAAAAUCUCUACUGUUGAAGGACAUAAGGACCGUUGUUUUUCCAUACGAUAUCGGAAGAUAUGAUGCACGUGUUUCAAAAAGAGAAAUUGAAAAUGCCAUUUCUAACGGAGGAGAUAUUGUCGCCUCACCUAUCCUUGAUGGCGAAAUAACAGAGGUGCCACCAAAGCGGACCCUUGUCACUGCCGUGCAAGGUAAAGGUGGAAAAUUCCGACUUCGCUCAAAACAAGAAGCGGAAGAAUUCGAGAAAGAAAAAGAAGAACACACGAAAAAAAUAUCAAAGAAAUAUGCAAAGCAGCGAUCGAUUUUAGAGCGAGAUAUCACGAUCCAGCGCUACAAAUCAUUCAGCAAUGUACCCCGACCUUCUCCAGAGUACACCCAGUCUUGGGAUUAUGAGAAAGACGACACGAUCGGAAAAGACUUAGACUAUAUUCCAACAAAGGACAGUCCAAGUAAUCUUGAGGAAUUAUACGCAAAAGUCGAUAAGAGUUCUCGAAAAAGUUUGAAUGACGUUGUAUUUAGCAAACAAUCCGAGGAUUCGGUGGACCAUGCAAAUGAGCAUCAAAGGGGGCUGGAGCGCACUAUGUCUGAUAUUGUAGAGGAUCAAGAAUAUGCAGUUCUAAAUCUAAAUGGGAAAAAGAUGAUGGAUGAGAAUGACAAUCAAACGGCGACUGCCAAUGAUGAUGAUGAUGAUGAUGACUAUACGCGAAUAUCACCGAUCCUUGACAGGAAAAGAGAAAUACAAGAAAUAAGAGUCGCUGUACCAAAGCUUGGGAAAACUCUAGGAAUUAGCAUUUCUGGUGGAAGAGGAUCCACGCAGCAGCCAGAAGUGCGAAUAGAACGUAUCUAUCCAGGUGGUGCAGUGGAGGAGGUUGGCGUACUUAAGGCUGGUUACCAAAUUAUUUCAGUUGAUGGUCAUCCACUUCUCGAUGCGACUCAUAAUGAGGCUGUAGACCUGAUAAGGAGGUCUUUCAGUGAUAAAUCGACUGCAACGAUGGAGCUCGUUGCCGUGAAAUCGUAGUUGAUUUAUGUCAUUUUUCAUCUGAAUUCAUCGUAACUAAGGGUUUUGAUCUAAUUUAUUUUUGUUUUCAUUGUAUGUACAAUUUUUACCUAAGGGCCAUUUUAUAAAUUAAAGAGCAGUAUCUCUACUUACCUUUUAUGUGGCAGUUUUUUUCAAAUUUAAUCGGCUCGUGUUUUUUAGAACUAAUCACUUUUAUUGGAAACACACUAUUCGAAAACUCGACAUGGUUGCAAACUGAUAAAAACUGAUGCUGGCUGCCUAGAAAAUAAAGAAAAUGAUUUUAAAAGGCUGUAUUCAUCUUUUGAACCGUUUUUGAUUCAGGAAGUUAUAGAAACAAGUUAACUAAGGCUAACAGCUCUCUCAAAUUUGGCAUUGAUGAGAAGAGUAACGGUUUACUAUAUGGAAUGCAGUAGGAUUGCGACGUAGAACGUUGUGUGAUGAUAUUUGAGGUGUUUGUGUUCAAACAGCUAAUAGCAGUAAUAAAGAUGAGAUCUCAAUGUUUUAAGUCAAAAAAUGCAAAAACAUCUGUCAUUGACAGGAGGCAGAAUAUCCUGUUUCUUGUAGAAAAGAUUUUGUUAUGCCAGAAAUUGAAAUUAAAUGCCGUGGGAAAUUAAACACUGGAACGAUUACUGGCAUACUGACGUUUUUUAUAAGCCAGCUUUUGCCAAAAUACCAGAAUCACUCAUACAGGUGUCACAGAGACAUUGAAAAAUACUUAAGUGAACAUGAAAUUGGGUUGUAUUUUCAGACCACCAUAAACUGAUGAAAGUAAAAUUCAUUGUGCCAAUUUCUCGUUUUGCAAAAUUACAAUGCUGAUAUCAUUGCAUUACUAAAAAUUACCUUAAUGUAUUGGGUUUCAAAAGGCUCACUAUGGAGGGUAGAUAGAUCACCCAGUCAUUUUAAGAUGGAUCAUUUGCAUACUGUUUUUGUUUGUUUACAGCUAAGAAUACUGUAUUCAAUUCUCCUAUACUCAUUAAGAUAUUACUUUUACAUUAAGUAUCUAAUCCAAGUUAAUCUGUAGAGAUGUAGAGUAUACCAUGUAAAGAAAAGGGUAGUUGAAACGAAGGUGAUUCUCAACCAGAUGAUUUUAGAUUUAUUUUAUGUACCGUAUGCUUAUAAUGAAUAAAUGAGUGAAAAGUAAAGUAUAUACACACGUGACGUAUCUGUAGACUGGCUUCAAAGGUGACACGAUUUUCUAUUAGCUUCGUCUUUUUGGUUUCCUUCUAAUUGUGCUUAAUACCCUUUAAUUCCAAAUACACUUUUUAUGAUAGAUAUUUCGAGUAGCUUAUAUUAGCUUAAGAAGUUGAGAUCUCAAAGGUCGUGUUUCCAAGGACCAGGUUUCUAUAUAGUUAUUUUUAUGGUAAGGAUAGCAGAGGCGGAAAUUUGGCUGACAUAGAAAUACGCCAAGCACUACAUGAAGUCUUCUUUAUUGAUGCUUAAUGCUCUUAAUUUUGCCCCCCCCCCCAAGAAGAACUGUCUCGGGAGACUUGUUCCUGUCUACGUAUCCCUUCUUGUUGGCAAAUCCCUUCUUGUUGGCAAAUCCCCCUCCCUCCCCCCGAUGCCAACAAUUCCCCCAAUGUUCCCACUUCCCCUAAUUGAAGGCAAACCGUUAACAAUAUAUCUUUUUAAGCAGCAACUUCAAGCUUAAUGCCGAUCAGAAAUUAUCAUUUCUUGUAACUCUUUGGUGUAAUGAGACAAGUUUUUAUACCAAGAUGUAUAUUACUUAUUUA